GUGAAAGUGGGCGUGGUCUGAGCUGAAGUUUGAGCACACCUGUCCGCGAGGAGCCAGAAGAAAUAUCAGAUAUUCAUUACGAAACUGCGGGUUUCACGUGACACUUCUAGAUUCAGUUCCGUCUUUAACCGGUUCAGGUUCCGGGUUUGUGUUUUAAUUCUCAGUGGCACGCGGGAGAGAGGGUGAGCUCGCGCUAUGGGACCCUGUUGUCGGUGGAUGUUGGCGGUGUGGUGCGUACAGGUGUGCAGUUCCGGUGCGGCGCAAGUCUCCGCGUUUAGCACGGCUUACAUUAACGUGUCUUUCGUUCCCCCCGAAAGUAACCGGACGAUAUGGCGGCGCGAGGAGAUGGGGCUGUACGGUAUCGAGUCACCGACCUACCCCGUGACCGGGACCGUGUACCUGGCCGACCCGAUUCACGCAUGCGCCAACGAUACAAGGUUCGAGCGGCCCCCGAGCUCCGCGCCCUGGGUAGCGCUCGUGCAGCGGGGCAACGGAUGCACGUUCACGUAUAAGAUCAACGCGGCCGCGCGCAACGGAGCCUCAGCAGCAGUCAUCUUCAAUGACUACGGUACCGACAACCGGGUCAUCCAGAUGUCACAUCCGGGCACCUCGAUCGUGGCGGUGAUGAUUGGUAAUGCUCGUGGAAUGGAGCUGGUGGAGCUGCUGCAGAAUGAUGUGUCCGUCUCAAUGACAAUAGAGGUGGGGCUUCAGCGUGGCUUGUGGAUGAGUCACUACUCCGUCUUAUUCAUCUCCAUUUCCUUCUUCAUCAUCACUACGGCAACUGUGUGCUACUUCAUCUUCUACUUUGCACAGAGACUCAACAACAUACGUCGGCGGAACCAUAAGCAGAAACAGAUGAAGGCAAAAGCAAAGAAAGCGAUUGGUCAGCUCAAGGUUCGCACACUCAAACAAGGAGAUCAGGAGACGGGACCAGAUGCUGACUCAUGUGCUGUGUGCAUUGAGUCUUAUAAACCGGGAGACGUGCUCUCUGUCCUUACAUGCAAUCAUUUCUUCCAUAAGGCAUGUGUUGAGCCGUGGCUGAUGGAGCACAGGACCUGCCCGAUGUGCAAGUGUGACAUCCUCAAAGCCCUCGGAGUAGAGAUGGAUGUUGAGGAGCAGCACAUGCCUACGGUCACUUCUGAUUUGCAUUCGUUUCCCAGCAGCACUGAGUACUUGCACACACACUCCGAAUCAGUCUCCAACACACACCCUAACUCCGAGUCUCACACACACAGUGAUGCUGCUUCUUCCGGAUAUGAGUCUCUGCAUGCAACAGAGCAGCUGGGUCCUGCUGAACACACACGCGAAGGUUUGGAGGCAGUGUGUGUGGAAAUGCAGCCGCACUACGAUAACCCCGCCUUUGAGAAUGAAGCUCGCAGCUAGGAGAUGAGAAAAACACACUGUGACUGUAAACACACACACACACACAUGUUCACAUAUUCACAUACACAUAUUAUACACACAUUUACAGUCGCAGGUUUGGCUUUUAAAAAAUCACUUAAUUUAAUUUCUCUGUGUGAGUAAAGGAAUUAAUGACCUCAUGCUGUGGUUAAUGGGGGACAGUGUACUCUCUCUUCUCUUUAUCUCUGGGAUAUGUGUGUGUGUGUGUGUGUGUGUGUGUGUGUGUGUGUGUGUGUGUGUGUGAAACACGCACAUAGUUCACCAGCUCCCUCUGCUGGACAUGUGUUUGGUUAUUGCUGACUCACACACACACACACACACACACACACACACACACACACACACUGUAUAUGGAAUUUGCCAUGUGACAGGUGUUCCUGGUUCAGUAUGGGUGGAGCUUAGGAUAAAUUUGAUAAGUUAAACUUGAUUAUGUGACAUCCAUGCUAGCUUUUCUUUUCACUUGUUCAGCUUGAUGUGGUGCUUAGCAUUAAAUCCUGGCUUUAAUUUGCUGGCUACUGAACAUUGUAUAACCACUGCUAGGGAGGUAACAUUAACACUAGCUAUGUUAACUAGUGCCAUGCUUAGGUAACUGGCUAGCAUAGCUGAUAUUGCUAAACUAUUGUACUGUUUAAUUAUAGGCAGGGUUGAUGCUCAGAAGUACUGAAAAAAUGAAAACAGAAUCUAAUGGUAUUGUAUAAAAGAAUAUUUUUAAGUUCCACCUUCAUGGACAAAGACACCUCCUCACUCAGCACAAAGAGCUUGCUAUUUUUCCAAAAACUUUAAAAUAAUUCUAAUUUUACUACGUAUUUUACAAAAUAUCAAAAAUCAUAAAAGUGUCUUUUAUGUCUGUAUGUGUUUUUGUAUGUGUGUAUGCGUGUGUGCACUUCACAAUGUGGCCUUAUUGGUAUCUUCUGUACUCUAUGAACUACUGAUCUCAAUAAUUAAGUAAGAGAUGUAAUUGUAAUCAAAUUAUAUUGUUAUGAAAUUGUAAACUGUAAAUAAAGUCUCCUUUUAUCAUUAA